GAGUUAAUUAGCAUGUGGUCAAUGCAAAUUUCGACAUUUUUUCGGACCCAGAAAGCUCCAACCUCAGGUUUCAAAAAUGUUGAGCCACGACAGAGACGAGGAACUCUCUCUGUUCCUUGAGAUGCGUCGACGCGAAAAAGAACACAGAGGAGAAUCUCUUUUAGCAGGAUCUGAUAACAUUAGUAUCAACGGAGCGUUGACGACUUCGGUGGCAGCUGCGCUCUCGGGCGUCUCCGAAACGGUGUCGUCCCAACGUUUUCCUCUCCGGAGAACCGCUGCCGAGAACUUCUUGUACUCAGAGAAUGAGAAAUCCGAUUACGAUUGGCUGCUUACGCCACCGGGCACUCCACAGUUUGAGAAAGAGUCACACAGAAGCGUAAUGAAUCAGCUUGAUGCUCCCAAUUCUCGCCCCACUGCUCUUAAAUCUCGACUAGGGAACUGUCGCGAAGAGAUGGUCUCAGGGAAUAAUAAUAAGCCCACCAGCUCUUCCUCUGUGGCUGGACUCAGAAGACCAUCUUCAUCAGGUAGCUCAAGGUCAACGAGCAGACCUUCUACACCAACAAGAAGGUCAACAACUCCAUCCACCUCCACAACAAAGCCUGUGACCACCAGAGCUUCAACCUCUAGAUCCUCAACACCCACCUCACGUGCCACCUUAACUGCCGCACGUGCUACUACCUCCACUGCGGCUCCACGCACCGCAACAUCAACCGGGUCAGCUAGAUCAUCUACUCCAACUCGGUCUAUAACUCGGCCAUCUUCUGCACCUUCUAAAAAACCUGUGUCAAGACCAACCACACCGACCCGCAGGCCUUCAACCCCGACCGGUCCAUCAAUAGUUUCUAGUAAAGCUCCAUCUCGAGGGACUUCUCCCACUCCAACUCUGAAGUCGUCAAGGCCAUGGAAACCACCUGAGAUGCCUGGUUUCUCUUUAGAAGCCCCACCUAAUCUAAGGACGACUUUAGCAGAUAGGCCGGUCUCAGCUUCAAGAGGCAGACCUGGAGUAGCCUCGGCACCAGGCUCAAGAUCUGCUUCCAUAGAACGUGGCAGUGGUGGCUUAGGACAUUCAAGAAGGCAAUCUUGCUCGCCUUCCAGAGGUAGAGCGCCUAUCGUGGGGAACACCAACGGAAGCCUCCCUGGUGCUCGUGGGAGAGGAAAGGCCAACAACGGAGGGAGUAGCUGCGAUAGCUUGAGUCCAGUGGCUAUGGGGAAUAAAAUGGUGGAGAGAGUGGUGAACAUGAGGAAACUAGGUCCACCACGGCUAACAGAGAGCGGCGGUAGAGGAACCGGAAAAUCUAGCUCGGCUUUUAACAGUCUUGGAUAUGGGAGAAACCUUUCUAAGAGCUCAAUUGAUAUGGCCUUAAGGCAUAUGGAUAUAAGACGAGGCAUGACAGGAAAUCUCCGGCCGCUUGUGACGAAAGUUCCGGCAUCGUCAAUGUAUAGCGUGAGAAGCCGGCCGGCUAGUGUCACCAACUCUCCGAUGGCUACGAGCAGCACCGUCAGCUCAUCUGAACCGAGUGUUGAUAACAUCAACAUUCUCUGCUUAGAUGGGAACGAAGCCGAAAACGAUGAUCUUCUCAGUGAGAGAAGCUUUUCUUCUCCUCGAAACCAGUUCCCCAAGUUCACAUCUUGACCUAUAAUUAUUAUAUGCCCUUGUUUCUAAGCGAUAAAAUAUAUGAAACUCGGUGUCAAUUUUUUUUUUCCUCCAUAAUUAUUUUCUCUCACUAACAUGUUAUCAAACGACAUGAAUUCACCGAUACAAAACUCGAUGUUGUGGUGAUUUUGAAU